UCUCCCUAUAUAUACACCUCCCUUCUCAUAUGCCUAUUUCACACCCUUUAUAUUUCUCUCUCUAGAAACAACAAUCAACCCUCUUUCAAUUCGCACUUUAACUUGAUUCUCUCACUAGAAAUGGAUACAAGUUGCAUAGAUGACCAAACAACAACUAGUGAAAAGAUCUCUACUAUUGCUCCACACGUGCCCACCACACACCACAUGGAGAUCAGCCUGUGCCGGGUUGGAAGCGGAUCCAGCGUGGUUCUUGACCCGGAAGGAGGCGUGGAAGUUGAAGCUCAGUCGAGAAAGCUACCCUCAUCGCGAUACAAAGGUGUCGUUCCACAACCGAAUGGCCGUUGGGGAGCUCAGAUUUACGAGAAACACCAAAGGGUAUGGUUAGGUACGUUCAACGACGAAGAUGAAGCUGCAAAGGCGUACGAUGUUGCCGUACAACGCUUCCGUGGCCGAGACGCGGUCACAAACAUUAAGCAGGUUGAUGCCGACGAUAAAGAGGCCGCGAUGGAAGCAAGUUUCUUAAGCCGCCAUUCGAAGUCAGAAAUUGUUGACAUGCUUAGAAAACACACAUACAAUGACGAGCUAGAACAAAGCAAAAGAAGCUGCACCUCACACCAAACCCUUUCUCGAACUGGUUUAACCAAUUCUCCCGGUUCAAGCUCCCUCAAGCCACGCGAACAUCUCUUCCAGAAAACCGUAACCCCUAGCGACGUAGGAAAGCUGAACCGGCUUGUUAUACCAAAACAACACGCGGAGAAACACUUCCCGGUUCAAAAAGGGAGCAAUUCAAAAGGAGUUCUUUUACAUUUCGAAGAUAAAGGGUCAAAAGUAUGGAGAUUUCGUUACUCUUACUGGAACAGUAGCCAGAGUUAUGUUUUAACCAAAGGCUGGAGCCGGUUCGUGAAAGAAAAAAAUCUAAAAGCCGGAGAUAGCGUCAGCUUUCAAAGCUCAACCGGACCGGAUAAGCAGUUUUACAUCGAUUGGAAAUCAAAAACCCCAACACAGUCCAUUCAACCCGUGAAACGUGUUGAACCGGUCCAAAUGUUACGGUUAUUUGGAGUUGAUAUUUCAAGUGUGAGUAGUUACAAUGGCAAGAGAGGUAAUACAGAAAGAGAUUUAUUAGGGUUUCAGGAUUGUAAGAAACAAAGAGUUAUUGAUGUAUUGUAGCAUUUUGUUAUAUUUAAAGGAUGGUCUUGAAAAUA